GCCCGGGGACAGGCCAGACCUGCCCCUAGGCUGCCGGGUGAGAAGGCGCCCCCGGCAGGGGGAAACUGACAUCCAUCAGGGUCCGCCCACCGCUCCCCUCCUCUCCCCGGAGCGAAUCUCUCCUGCACUCCCGCCCCAGAAGUUGAGGGGCCCCCGCCCGGCCUGCCGCGCUCCGGCCGCCGGGACCCUCGGCCUCCGAGGAGCAGCCAGUUCGGACCCCGGGAAGAUGGCGAGGAGGAGCCGCCACCGCCUCCUCCUGCUGCUGCUGCGCUACCUGGUGGUCGCGCUGGGCUAUCAUAAGGCCUAUGGAUUCUCUGCCCCAAAAGACCAUCAAGUGGUCACAGCAAUAGAGUAUCAAGAGGUUAUUUUAGCCUGUAAAUAUCCAAAGAAGACCAUUUCCUCCAGAUUAGAGUGGAAGAAACUGGGCCGGAGUGUCUCCUUUGUCUACUACCAGCAGGCUCUUCAAGGUGAUUUUAAAGAUCGAGCUGAGAUGAUAGAUUUCAGUAUACGGAUCAAAAAUGUUACAAGAACUGAUGCUGGGAAAUAUCGCUGUGAAGUUAGUGCCCCAUCUGAGCAAGGCCAAAACCUGGAAGAAGAUACGGUCACUCUAGAAGUCCUAGUGGCCCCAGCAGUUCCAACCUGUGAAGUACCCAAUUCUGCUCUGAGUGGAACUGUGGUAGAGCUGCGAUGUCAGGACAAAGAAGGGAAUCCCGCUCCUGAGUACACAUGGUUUAAAGAUGGCGUCCCUUUGUCAGAGAAUCCAAAACUUGGCUCCCAAAGCACCAACAGCUCCUAUACAAUGAAUACAAAAUCUGGAACUCUGCAAUUUAACACUGUUUCAAAACUAGACAGUGGAGAAUAUUCCUGUGAAGCCCGUAAUUCUGUUGGACAUCGCAGGUGUCCCGGGAAACGAAUGCAAGUCGAUGAUCUCAAUGUGAGUGGCAUCAUAGCAGCUGUGGUGGUUGUGGCCUCAGUGAUUUCUGUUUGUGGCCUUGGCGUGUGCUAUGCUCAGAGGAAAGGCUACUUUUCAAAAGAGACCUCGUUCCAGAAGAGUAGUUCUGCAUCUAAAGCCACCACAAUGAGUGAAAAUGAUUUCAAGCAUACAAAAUCCUUUAUAAUUUAAAAGAAUUCCACCUUUGAGAUACGCCAAAACCACAGUUGUUACACAAGUUAUUAAAAGAUUAUAAAACUCUGCUUUGUCUUACAUUUGCAAAGAGUACAUGAGGAGAUGAAUUUGGUAUUUCGUGAUAAUUUUUAUGAUCUUUAAAUUACUUGAAAUUGUUAUUUUAAACAAAUAGUUCUGUCAGCACCUAAAUAAAAUCCAGUCUGGCUUUUUGCCUCUGGACUAAGUUAAAAGAAUCACAAAACUUUGUAAGAUUCUGGGGUUUAUGAAAUGUUAAAUGUCCUAAUUCCUAGAGAAACUUACUAAAAUAUAUGAUACUGAUUGUGAAAUUAAUCCACAGAGCAUGAAAAUACAAACUAUGUGCACCCUCUGUGCAGGAGUCUGAUUUAGAGGGUUCAGAAACUACUGACAGACGCAAAAGGAACCUCUAGUCUCAUUUCUACCAGAAUCCUCUUUUCUCCCCUAAUACAGUCCUUACUCCGCUGCUCAUUUGUCACUAAUCUAUUCACAGAAGGGAGGUAGGAGGAGUGAGUCUUAUUCCCAAGGAUUUGCACUUUGUGUUUAUUUUUAUUUCUGGGGAACCAAAAGCAACAUGAAGAAAAAUACCUAAUGACCAGAGCUCACUCCCUUGGCAUGUGUCACUGAUUUUUUUCAUUAAACAUAAUUUUGAGAGUCAAAC